UUCAGGGGGAGGAAGAGAGUGACGGGUGGAAGUGAGAUUCAGAGAAAAGUUGUUUUUCCAAAGAGAAGAAGAGGAAGAAGAAGAAGAAGAAGAGGAAGAAGAAGAAAGGAGCUGAGACACAGCUUUUACUUUUUUUUAAUUCGUCUUUGUCUGGCCAACAUGUGUUUCAGUUUGGUGAUGCUUUUCUUCUGUCUCGCCCAAACAGAGCUGGCAAGAGUUUGGGCUCAACAGCAAACAGACAAUUGGUACAGUGUGACCACAAAGCAGUAUGAAGAGCCAACCGGAGGAGGCAGUCAUCCUCACAGAGCUCAGAGGUUAUCCUCAGGCCGCGCUAGGCUCAGCAGGGCUGUCCUGGGUGGAGGACUCGCCAUCAACACCCUGCCAGACAACAUGACACGCGUAGUGGAGGAUUCUGGGAAGUAUUACACAUGGCGUAGCAUUGGCCCAGAGGACCCGCGCACACAGGAACUAUGGGUUGACAUGAGUGACGUCCGGCAUGGCCAAGUUAGAGUCCAUGGCAUUCUGUCAAAUGCAUACAAACAGGCUGUGAGGGUUGCUCUGACGUUUGACUUUCCAUUCUACGGACAUUACCUGAGGCAGAUUACCAUAGCAACAGGAGGGUUUAUCUUCACAGGGGACAUUACUCACCGUAUGCUGACCGCAACACAGUACAUCGCCCCUCUAAUGGCUAAUUUUGACCCCAGCCACUCCAAAGAAUCCACUGUGCAGUACUUGGAUAAUGGUGAGGUGUUUGUGGUCCAGUGGGAGCGGGUCAGACUGUCAGGAAAAGAGUCAGAGGGAGCCUUCACAUUUCAGGCUGCGCUUUACAAAACAGGCGCCAUCACGUUCAUCUACCGAGAUAUACCUCUGUCACUAGAUGUGAUUGGUUCAGCUGAGCACCCAGUGAAGGUCGGUUUGUCUGAUGCCUUCAUGGUCACGCCAACUUCUUCUGAAUCACCAGAUGCCCAACAGCAGGCGAUUUAUGAGUACCAUCGGGUUGAGAUAGACACUACAAAGAUCACCAGCUACUCUGCUGUCGAGUUCACUCCACUGCCCACCUGCCUGCAGCAUGACAGCUGUGAGCUCUGCCUCUCAUCCAACCAAACCUCUGGUUGUAGCUGGUGCCAUGUACUCCAGAGGUGUUCAGAUGGCAUGGAUAGACACAGACAAGAAUGGUUGGACUACGCCUGUUCAGAAGAGAGCAAAAAUGCAACCUGUGAGGAUUACUCCAGGGGUGACAGCUCCACUGCUUCGUCUAUCACACCAGAGAUGGAGGACGUGACCUCAUUGACUCCUCUGCAAAAAAGCUGUGAAAGUGACGAUGAGACCAAACGUCAUAUAUUUAACACUGGCAAUGAUGUGAGGACAGAUUCUUCAACCAAGAAUGCCGGAUUAGCUAAUACAGGAGUGAUAGCUGGUAUAGCAGCUGCACUGGUGCUACUUUUGGCUCUGAUACUGGUAGCUUUGUAUAUCAACUACCAUCCUACUGCUGCAUCACCACUUUACCUCAUCCAGCGACGCAAGAGCUACUGGCCGUCCUUGAAGUUUCAGAAGCAACAACCUGGUUACACAGAAGUGGAAGGAGAAGGCCAUGAAAAAGACAGCAUUGUUGAAGCUGGACCAUGUUGAAAUGACAGAUGGAAACAUGGAUAAAUAUUUGCAUUGAACUGAUUUCUACAAAAACAUCCACAUAUAUACAUUUGUCCAAAGCCAGUUCAACUUUUACAUCCAAUUUAUGACUCCAUCGCCAAAAGUUGACAUUGUUGCAACAGUUUGUGUAGAUAAUAGCUGAAUGUUACAUGAUAUUGAACAAUUCCAUUAGAAAUGUGUAUCUCUGCUGCGAUAAAAUGUGUUUUUAUUCCACCUUUCCUUAAAAUCUUUAUGUAAUUUGACUGUAGUCAAUUGUGCAAUGCAUGCCACAAGGUUAACAGCCUUUGACAUAAUAGAUAAACUAUGCUGUUUUACAUGAAAAGAAUAAAUUUCUG